GUGGAGGCUGUUAAUCCGGACACCCAGGACAGUCCAUUGCACCUGCUAUGUCGAGGUUUUUGCUCCUCAGCACCAUCAGACCACCAAAGAAAGCUAAUGGAACAGCUUUUGAUCGCUGGGGCAAAUACUCAGAUCCUAGAUCCUAGCGGACAGUCGGGCCUCCAUCUCUGCAUUUUACAUCAAAAUGAGGUGGCCUUUCAGGUCUUGCUGACAAAUUCUCAACACUGUGACGUGAAUUUGCUCAAUCGCGAGGGGAUAUCACCCCUGUGGUUGGCUCUUGUGGCCCAAUUUGUUCCAAAACCCCUUAGCGAUGAAGCUGUUCAGAGUCUUUCAAAGUUAGGAUUCGCAGUUGACCUCCUUGGAGAAAAGUCCAAGGAAUUUGCCAAGCAGCUGGUUACAGCUGGUUCGAAUGUGGACUUGGAAAUGAUCACGACAGUGUCGGGAAGCCCGCCUACGUAUUGUUGGCCGGCACCAGGCGAUACGGCUCUUCUUGCUGCUGCACGUCACGGACUUGAGGCCGCUGUCCUCUUUCUCCUCGAUCUUCCCAACAUCCAAACUGAUGUAUGCUCGCGCUCUACCGUUGGAGAGUCACCUCUGCAUCUGGUCGUUGAAAGCGGCCUCGCAGAUGCAGCCUGUCGCUUAGCAAGACUCGGUGCCUGUCCCAACACUCUUCGCAUUUCUGUUUCUUCUCCUCAGGUAUGUAGAACUGUAGGAGUCUAG